AUGAAGGAUGUUUAUGGCUGUAAGAUUACAUAUGAAACAAGUGAAAGUAGAAAUAAUAAUAUUAAAGUAAGACGCAAUUAUAAUGCAGAAAUAAACCCAAAGGAACAAUUUACAAUUAAACCAGAUGGUAAAGGAUCUUUUCAAACUGCUACCCCGAUCUCAAAUGAACUGUCAUUCUUCGGAGCAGAUUUGAGUAUCAAGAAUUUUCAAUUAAAAGCAAGCCAAGUCUUAAAGGUCUAUUCCGAGAAUCGAUUUGAACCACCAAGUGGUAAAAAAGUCUUUUGGGUAAGUAGUGAUCCUAAAGAUUUAACUACAAGUAAUGCACAACAAGUUAAAAAGAUCAUGCCAAUUGGCCAAGAUGGUUUGUUAAUUGCAAGUAGUAGUUCGGAAACAAAUACUUAUUCUUUCUAUAUUUAUAAUGUCCCUGAUGAAUAUAGCAUUGUUGAGUAUUAUUCCGAUUAUAUUGGUAGAGAAUUUAUUGUUGAUUCUUCCGUUGGAAGCUCAAAAUGGAUUGUUAUUUGUGGAUGUUCUGUACCAACAACAGUUGAAGGUACUUUAGUUGAAGCAAAUAAAUUGUUCACUGUCACAAAAAAGAUUAUCAUUCCUUUAGCAAACUUUGAUGAUACUCUUCCAACUCAAGUUGACAGAGUUAGUGCAUAUGAUCAAUCAUUAACAACACAGCCAAUACCUGACCCUACUUGGGAUAAAUGUAUCUUUCCAGCUUUAGGUUUCUCUCAAAUUACAAUUUCAGCUACAAAUCCAUGCAAAAUAUAUAACCAAGUAGAUAAUUCAAAUGAAAUUUAUGUAAUUAUAUCAAAUUAUCAAGAUUUCACUGAUGAGAGUGGAAAUGAUUUAGCACUAUAUCAACCAAUAGUUAGCUCAUCAUCACAAAAUCCGAUUUCAAUCAAAGCAAAAUCUAGUUCUAAUCUCAAAGUUAAAAUGUUCUUCAUAAGGCUUACCAGCAAUCAUAAAUAUGCGAUAUUAUUAAACGAAUAUGACAAGCAUUAUUAUUUAGAUGAAGUGACUGAAAAUAUGGAUAUAAUUUACUUAUCAUCAAUCAAAGUCAGAACAAACAUUCACAUGAAUCCUCAUAAUGAGAAUGAAUUCUAUGUCGAUGGAAAAGUCACCAAAAACAAAAAUAACAAUGAUAUUGCUGAAGGACAUUGCUUUAUAAUCAAUAACCACAAUUUCAAUUUCAUGGGAUUUGGCUAUAUUACAAAAGUAACAAGUACUGAUUCAUUAGAUGGAAAUGAAUAUCAUGGUGCGGUAAGUAUUACUAAUUUUGAGAAUGAUAAAGCAAAAACUAAAGAAGUAGGUAUAACUAUUCAAGACUCUAAAGUCACUUUAGGCUAUGGAAAAUAUACAACAAUGCCAUAUUAUAAUUUGCAAAUACCAGUUAAGGCAAAUGAUCGCAUUUUAAUGGAACCCGAUAAUGGAAAAUCAGGACUUAUUUCCAGCGAUCAAGAUCUAGUUCUUUUUGAUAAAGAUUUUCCUUCGGCAUUAGUAACCAUCUUCUUUUAUCCAAACAAUGAUAUAGAAUUGAGGACUCUGAAUAAGGAUGAAAAUAUUGUUUUUUAUUCAGAUGGAGAAUCGGCUGUUAGUGAAAAAUACUUUGUUAGAGUGAAUUUACAACAAGAUGUUACAAUUGCAGGAUAUGAGUAUGCAAAACAGAUAGACCCAUACACAAAGUCAGAAAUAUCUGCCUUAUCUACGAUUUCUGUAGAUUAUAAUUUAUAUAUUAUUACGUUUGACAUUCCAGCUGAUAAAAAGAUUUCAUAUGGAAUAGUCACAAAAUCAAUAACACCUGAUCAGGGUCAAAAUUACAACGAUGGAGAUGUACUCAAAACAUCUUCAGAUACAGUUCUAAUCAUGUAUAAUAGUGAUAAUGGAGAUUAUAUAUCAUGUACCGCUUAUGAAUUCACGAAAGUAACAAGGCCAUCAAAGGUGUACUACUGUUCAAUUCCAAGUGAUGCACAAUCUUUUGAUGUUGUUAUUAAUUCAUUUAAUGGGUAUUUCACAUAUGACAGAAGUCAAAUGAUUUAUAAUUCUGCUAUUUACUACGUUUUGUUCACCAAUGGUAAUGAGUUCACAAUUGGAACUAACGAUAAUUUUGACUAUGCGAUAAUAGAAGGAAAUUCAUUGUCUUUUCAGACUUAUAGAAAUGAAAUAACUUCUACAAAACCAUUUUUAUUCAAAUACUCCAAAGGUUAUGGUUCUAGUUCAAAGAAAUACUUCUAUGUUAAAUCAAACAAAGACAGAAAGACUGAAAUAAUUUCAUUUAAAGGUAAAAUUAUCUCAUCCUUUGCAAUGCUUAAGAACGGAAAGAAUCAACUCAGUGCAGGUCAAUACACGAUUGUUUCCGGAAUGAAAUUAGCACUAUUCCCAGAUGAACAAAGUAAGAAUCUUGUAAUUGGAAAUAAUGAAAAACUUAAUAUUUAUGCUGGUGAGAGAGAGUUAACAAUAACAGGAGAAGGAAAAAUUAAUGCUUUGAUUUAUCAAUCCUCCUUCCCAAUUGAGAAGCAAUACAUACUGAAAGGAAAUGCUGAAAUUAGAAUAUCUAACACUAUUAAUGGAAAUCCAGAAAUUUAUAUGCCAUCAAAAUAUUCAACAGUAAGUUUAAUAAUGUGUUCAUUUUCUGAUGAAUUCACUGCAUCUCUUGAAAAAAUCCCUGACAAAUUGGAAGUCACAUAUUAUAAGCUUGAUGGAACUGCGCAUAACCUACAAACAAGUAGAAGAAGUUUAGCUGAUUCCCACUUUUCAGAACCAUUAGUUGUACAAAUUAAAAACAAUUAUAACAGUGAUGAAAAAUUCAGUUUUACAGCGAAAAUCGUUACAAAUGAUGGAGAAAAUGGUACAUUCGUAUCACAAAAAUCAAUCACCUAUAUUGCACCAUCUUCAUCAAAACAAGAUGUUAAACCUCCUCAACCAACAACAAACACAACUGAUGGUUUAGUUGAAGGUAAACCUGGACUUGGAGGAGGUGCCAUUGCAGGUAUAGUUAUUGGCGUAAUAGUCGGAAUUGCUCUCAUCGCCGGAAUUUGUUUUGCAGUUUUUUAUAUUCACAACAAAAAGAAGUCUCAAGAGAGCGGCUCUGGCGGUGCAAACGUCUAA